AUGUCGGUAAGAUUGGCAAAUACCUCCACCAACGCGUUACUGACCAACACGUCAGAGCCCCGACUACUCGUGUAUGGCUUUGAAGUGACCACCAUGAACGGCAAUGCCGCUGAUUUGAUGCAGCUUGCUGAAUUUGUUGAGUUCUCACCUAUGGAAGGUGUUCUUCGGCUAAAGAACGUCAAGAAACCAACCAGCCCUGCAGGCAAGCUUCGCGUACGACUGACUGCAAUUGUGGAUACUCCAGAACCCGUGGAAGGCGGAGACUCGAUCACUUCCAUGUCCACCACUUUGGAACUGACAAAGAAGGUGGAAUUAAAAAUGUGGUCAGAUGAGGCCGAGACAGAAAGACAAAAGAGCGACGAAGAGGCUCCGGUAGAAGAAGUGAUGAUGAGCAAGCAGGAGGCAUCCGUAAUGCCCGUCGAGACGGCGGAAGUGGAUGGUUUCAAGAGAUUACGGAAGCCAAGACGUUACAGCACCAAAUACAUUCCGGUCAGGAUCCUAGAUGCCGUCAGCCAGAUGGAGACUAUUCCGACUGCACCAUCAGGCCCACAACUAAAACUAAUCGUCAGUGGGCUGAAUGAAAUUGGGGAUGCUGAAAUCGUACCUGGAAAGCGGCUCAAUCUAAGAUGCACUGCCACAGAUGAGUCUGGUGAGCCGAUUACUCUUUCCUCUAGCAGCCUAUUUUCCUGGCAGAUAGUGGAUGCUUUUGGUCGCCCUGUGAAUCUCGGCAGUCUCUUCUCGUCCAUUGAAGGAGAGCAGACAGUAAGCCAAGAAGGACUUCCUACAAGCAAUAUUACAUUGACAAAUUCACACAAUUUUGCCGAGAUCUAUGCUAAUGGCGAGGUAGAAGAUGAUCAGGUGAACGAGGAAAAGAACUUUGAGUCUUUGGUACGAUUUCUGAAUCAAAACAGGUUCCAGGGCCGUUGUUUACUUAGCCAUAUUGUAUCAGGGCCGGAUGGACAACCAGAUCAGACGAAAUCACGACUUAUCUCCUCAGAUUACUUCAAUCUGGUGCCUAGAAGGCAGAAGCCAGACGGCCAGAUGGAGCCUACCACUCCUAAGCAGACGACUAAGCCCGACAAGGUCACACCAAGUGAUUUUUAG